AUGAGCCAGAGGGAAGUGUCCAAGUUUCCGUUGAUUUUGUACAAAAGAAUAUUGAGGUAAGAGCAUAAUAUAACAAUAAUACAUUAUCAUAUGAUGUUAUUAUAGGUUACAUUAUGGUCUUCCCAAGGAACUACGGCUAAUGGGUGAUUCUUAUGUUAAGGACGAGUUCAGAAGACACAAAACAGCUAGUCCAGAGCAAUCUCUUCUGUUUUUAAAGGAGUGGACGGUAAGAUUCGCUAAUGUGAAUUACUAACAUGUAUAAAUGACUCCUUAAUAUUUACGUUAUAUACAAACUACCAGGGCCGGGCGGGGACUUUUGGUCUGGGGGCGGGGGCCCAAAAAAUCGGCACAGGUAGCUACCCCUCUGUGCCGAUUUUUGCGAAAUUUUUUUUCCGAAAAUCCACAGGGGGGACCACGUUCAACUUUUUUCUAAAUUUUCUUUCUGGGGGUACCCCCCACCGUCCCCCCCCUCGCGCCCGGCCCUGCAAACUACUAUUUAAUUUUCUACUUUCAGUUAUAUUGUACAUCAUUGUCCAAACAGUUGACGCAUAAAGGGAUCGUUAAAGGCAAAUUUGGAGAAGACUUGGAUCCAGAGCUGAUAGAUAGGUUUAGCGACGAACAGAUACAACAACUUUACGAGCUGAAGGUGGAAUCAGAAGAGUGGAAGAAGGCCAAAUCAGUGUAG